AAAUGCCCACAACAAACUGUGAACAGCUUCACCGGAACAACUUCCUGCUUCCUGGGUGAAGGGAAUAUCGCAGCUUUUUACUUGAAUUGGGAGCGAGCUAGAGAGACAGAGAGAUCCGUCAGAACGUUAAGCCGCGCCGAAGCUUCUUACACUGGUGCGAAAUCGUACUGUAUUUGAGUGGUUCUGCUACGCAUGCGAUCGCUGAUGGGGAAAUGCUUCCGACGCAUGAUGUUCUUCAGUCCAUUGCGCUGUGAUCGUCAUCGCGACGUCUAUGGCUAUAUAAAGUUUUCCCUCUAGAAGAAUGGGGAUAAACUCCAUAGAGCUUGCUGGUCCGUUGAAAGUUCUUCCUCCGGCAGACUUUUGUUGCGCUUAUGGCUCCUUUCUACUUUCCAACAACACAGACAAGAAUUCCAUGGUGGACUAUAUCAUAGGGGUGGCAGACCCAGAAAAAUGGCACGCUGAAAAUUUUGAAAGGAAUAGAAACCAUUACUCGAGAUGGAUGGUAGCUCUAGGGCCAAAAAUGAUCACCAGUGUUGCUGAUAGAGUUGGUGCUGGGGUUCACUUCAAUCCAUUCGUGGAAUGGAAAGACAAAAUAAUAAAAUACGGUGUUGUGAGAAUGCAUGAUCUGGCUCAGGAUAUACUUACUUGGGACCAAUUCUACCUUAGCGGUCGUUUGCAGAAACCAGUCUGCGUUCUUAUUGAUAAUUGGGACAUAAGAAAGGUGAACUUAGUCAAUUUGAAAGCUGCCAUGUGUGCUGCACUUCUCCUUCUGCCUCCUACCUUCACCGAGGAAGAUCUUUAUGUCAAAAUUUGUGGCCUUUCUUACAUGGGGGAUCUACGCAUGCUCUUUGCAGAGGACAAAGAUAAGGUUAAGAAGAUCGUCCAAGGGAGUUUCAAAACAUUUCAAGCAAUAUACAAGCCUCUUUUAAAGGAGUUUGCUGAUGAAGGGUUACUGGAGUUCGGAUAUUGUCCUCAUUCAGCAUUUCAACAGGACUGCGGAUUUUCUGCCACUACAUCACUCUUCGGUUCUCUUCCUUCCACAGUACAUAGCACCAUGUUUUGGGGAAAACAUAAACGAGUCACAACAGAUUCAAGUUUGGCAGGUGAGUUACCGUCAGCGAUUCUCGUCAACUCUAGAGAGCAGGCUUCUAGCCGUGUUCGUAGAGCUCUACGGCGUGCAGUUAUGGUUUCAAGUGCACGACAAGCGGUUUCUGGAUUACUUACAACUGGAGGAGUAAAUGCUGCUCGCUAUCUCAUGAGAAAGAUGUCGAAAGCUUGGAAAUCUCGGACGAUAUGAUUCUUUGGAGAUUGCUCGUUCUAUCAACAUUUCCUAUUGCAGCUCGAAAAAUUUAUCGGGUCAAUCAUAGAUUGGGUCUUCAAUAAAACCAAAUCAGGAUCUGCUUGAAGGAUCUGAUUAUCGAAAGGUGCAGACGCGCACAAUCCGAAGAGAGUUCGUCAUAUAUUGCUUAACAUUUUGUAUUAAAUAUUAAAUAUUUAUACCAUUCAUCUUUUAAAUCUCUAUUUAAUAUGUAGACAAGUUUAUUGCUUAAUAUUCCCGGUUUAAGCUUC